GCCCAGGCCCUGCGAGGUCCCGCCCCUGCGACCAGAUGGGCGUGGCCCGGGGCCUGCCAGUCUCCUCCGGAACUGAACAGCUACAGGAGGUCCUGGAGAUCCGUGCCCAUGGCCGCUUCUCUGCUCGCCCGUGGCCCUCUCCGUAGAGCUCUCCAUGCUCGGGACUGGCGGAGGUUACACACCGUUUACCAGUCUGCGGAACUACCCGAGACACAUCAGAUGCUGCGCCAGACAUGCCGUGACUUUGCUGAGAAGGAGCUGGUCCCCAUUGCAGCCCAGCUGGACAAGGAGCACCUCUUCCCCAAAGCUCAGGUGAAGAAGAUGGGUGAGCUCGGGCUGCUGGCCAUGGAUGUGCCGGAGGAGUUGAGUGGCGCGGGCCUGGACUACCUGGCCUACUCCAUCGCCCUGGAGGAGAUCAGCCGAGCCUGCGCCUCCACCGGAGUAAUCAUGAGCGUCAACAACUCUCUCUACUUGGGGCCCAUCCUGAAGUUUGGAUCCCCAGAGCAGAAACAGCAGUGGAUCACCCCUUUCACCAACGGUGACAAAAUCGGUUGUUUUGCCCUCAGUGAACCAGGGAACGGCAGCGAUGCAGGAGCCGCCUCCACCACAGCCCGAGAAGAGGGUGACUCAUGGGUCCUCAAUGGCACCAAGGCCUGGAUCACCAACUCCUGGGAGGCUUCCGCCACCGUGGUGUUUGCCAGCACAGACAGGUCCCGGCAGAACAAGGGUAUCAGUGCCUUCCUGGUUCCCAUGCCAACUCCUGGGCUCACGCUGGGCAAGAAGGAGGACAAGCUGGGCAUCCGGGCCUCAUCCACAGCUAACCUCAUCUUCGAGGACUGUCGCAUCCCCAAGGAGAACCUGCUGGGAGAGCCAGGGAUGGGCUUCAAAAUAGCCAUGCAAACCCUGGACAUGGGCCGCAUUGGCAUCGCUUCCCAGGCCCUGGGCAUUGCCCAGGCCUCCCUGGAUUGUGCUGUGAAAUACGCCGAGAACCGCAGCGCCUUUGGGGCACCCCUUACCAAGCUCCAAAACAUCCAGUUCAAGCUGGCAGACAUGGCCCUGGCCCUGGAGAGUGCCCGCCUGCUGACCUGGAGAGCUGCUAUGCUGAAGGACAAUAAGAAGCCUUUCACCAAGGAGUCGGCCAUGGCCAAGCUGGCUGCAUCAGAAGCCGCAACCGCCAUUAGCCACCAGGCCAUCCAGAUCCUGGGCGGCAUGGGGUACGUGACUGAGAUGCCCGCUGAGCGCUACUACCGAGACGCCCGCAUCACCGAGAUCUACGAAGGCACCAGCGAGAUCCAGAGGCUGGUGAUUGCGGGGCAUGUGCUCCGGAGCUACCGGAGCUGAGCCUCCCAGGGCUGGCUUGCCUGUGGACUGAGGCAGAGGGCAGAGCCGCACCUUCGCUGUGAGGCCUGGCCUGCCCGUUGUGCCCCUUGCUGGACCCUCCCAGUCAAACUGAGGGACGUCUGCCUCAGGGAGAGGGAAGGCCAGCUGCUGUGACCUGCGACCGAGAAGCUAGUUGGCAGCUCAGAGCUGAGCGUGGCUACCUCUGUAACAACCCACAGCAGUGCCUCUGUCUUCAUUCGGGCAGCCUGCUGCGGGCAGGGCCACGGAAGGCCAAACGGCCCUGGGAGUCCCCAGUGCCAUUCCCAUGAGCCCUGCAACCCAGUGGCAAGAACCCAAGGGACAGGGCAGAGGUCAGGGGGAGGAGGGGUGGCCCAAAUGGUGGCAGAAGUUCCAGCGUUGAGUCCCCUGGGUCCGCGUGGCAAGGCGGGGGGCUGGGUCAUGGGGCCCUGGCUAGAGGUCAAGUGCAUGCAGGUGUGUUGUUCGGGACACCUGUAGAACUGCCUGUGGCCAAUAAAGCGCACCUGCACCCUGA